UCUAGGAUGCUUGAAGAAAUGAGAAGAAAUAAGACACAGCGGUAGGGGAAGGUAUCGCGGAGGAAAAGCCUUCUCUUGUUCGUUAGAUCGACGCCCCGCGGUUCGUCGCACCACCGCCGUUGAGGCCGGGAAUAAGGAGAUGGAGGGCUCUGGCAGUUGGGAAUCUCUCGUCGUCGAGUGGACUCCGGAAGAGUUGCGCCGGUCCGAUUCACAAUUGCAUGGCAUGACCGAAUUCCUAUUGGAAGCCGAGGACGUUAUCGUACAGGGGCAUGGAGUUGUUCUAGUGAAUACCGAUGAGGCGGGUACGCUGGCAGUUACAAACUUUCGCAUUCUAUUUGUGAGUGAGGUCUCCCAGCAGGUGAUUGAACUUGGUACCAUUCCAUUGGCAACAAUUGAGAAGUUCAGUAAACAUGCCGUGAAGCUUUCUUCAGUUCCUCGUCAGUCUAGUAAGACACCAUCACGUCGUCUUCUUCAAGUUGUUGGUAAAGACAUGAGAACCAUCAUGUUUGGAUUUCGACCCAAAACCAAGCAGAGACGUGCUGUGUUUGAUGCCCUUUGUAUGUGUACGAAACCAGAAAAACUGAAGGAUCUUUACGUGUUUGUUUGUGGUCCUUCAACAUUCAAGAAUGACGAUCCAAAAUUGCGGUUACUUAAAGAGUAUCAUCGGCUUUUGGGUAAAGGUUCUUUCCAUGCAUCAAGUACUGGAAUUGGAGAUGGCCUCUCUCUGUCCAAUAACUGGUGGAGAAUUACUUCAAUAAAUUCCAGUUACACAUUGUGCCCCACAUACCCGUUUGCACUAAUUGUGCCAAAGAGCAUAUGCGAUGAAGAAUUACUGCAAGUUUCUAGUUUCCGUGGUAGGUGUCGAUUUCCGGUAAUUUCAUGGUGUAAUCAUGAGAAUGGAGCUGUUCUUGCACGAUCGUCACAGCCAUUAGUUGGUCUUAUGAGUCAGCGGAAUCCUGCAGAUGAGAAGCUUGUUGCCGCACUUUGUGGAACUACUCAUAGGGGUUCCCGGAGGAAACUCUAUAUUGCUGAUGCAAGGCCUAGGAAGAAUGCCCUUGCAAAUGGCGCUAUGGGAGGAGGUUCUGAGUCCUCAUCCAAUUAUUUCCAAUCUGAGGUUGUUUUCUUUGGUAUUGAGAACAUCCAUACCAUGAGGGAGAGUCUUGCUCGCCUUAGAGAUUAUUUGGAUACCCAUGGCACAACAUCAUCAGAUGGAAUGUCAUCUUUCUUGAGAAAUGGUGGGUGGUCAUGGGGUGGUGGCAACCUAAGCAGUAUGUCUGCAUCUGUUUCAACCCUUGGUGAUACUGGCUGGUUAAUCCAUGUACAAAGCUUGCUGGCUGGUUCUGCUUGGAUUGCUGCACGUGUUGCCCUGGAAUCUGCUUCAGUUCUUGUGCACUGCAGCGAUGGAUGGGAUAGAACAACUCAAUUGGUCUCACUUGCUAGUGUGUUGCUUGAUCCAUUCUAUCGGACGAUUGAAGGAUUCCAGGCACUCGUGGAAAAGGAUUGGCUUGCAUUUGGGCAUCCAUUUUCAGACCGCAUGGGAUUUCCAACAGUGUCUGGAAUUAACAACACACCUUCAGAGUUAUCAAGGCAAUCUUCUGUUGGGAGUUUGUCAUCGUCACCAUUGCGAAUGCCUUCAGGGUCAGGGUUCACAUCCUCAGCUGGUAACACAACACAUGGACAAACGUCAAAUAAUUGUUCUCCCAUUUUUCUGCAGUGGAUUGAUUGUGUCUCACAGCUAUUACGGAUGUACCCAUGUGCUUUUCAGUUUUCUUCAGUUUUUCUGGUUGACUUUCUGGACUGUGUGCUGUCUUAUCGUUUUGGAAACUUCUUAUUCAACAGUGAGAAGGAGAGGCAGCAAAAUGGUGUUGCAGAUGCUUGUGGGUGCAUAUGGAUGUACUUAGCACGGUUACAUGCUCCUGAAGAUGGCUCUCAUGUCCACUAUAACCCUUUCUAUGAUCCAGUGAAAUAUGAUGGUCCAUUAUUACCUCCAGCAGCAGCAUUAGCCCCCACACUAUGGCCUGAAUUCCAUCUGCGCUGGGCUUGCCCUUCUGAAGCAGGAGCUGGUGAGGUUCAAUCUCAGUGGCGCACCAUGACUAAGAAAUUUUCUGAAAUUGCUAAGGCAAAGGAGAUUGCAGAAUCGAAGGUUAAUGAGCUCCAAUUAAGUCUGGAUUUGCUAACAGCAGAAUUGCAGAAAGAAAAACAGUUCCGUAAUUCGGCUUUAGCCAUGGCUAAAAGAGCCAGCAGGGAAAGUCUGGCUAUAAAACGUGCAGUACAGUCGCUUGGAUGUAAAGUGCAUUUCUUAAGAGGUGAGAGUGAUGCGGUGAGUAUAGGAAGCUCAUGGUCAGAAACAAGAGAAGGGUUGACAUAUUCUGGCAGAAGUGACUCUGAUGCUAGAGGACAGCCUGAUGAAAAGGCUGAUCUGUCUGUUUCGAUUUCAGCCACAGAGGAUAGCAUGGUCGCCAACUGUGAAAUCAGCCCAGAAUGUGAGAACAUAUGCCCCUUCCGCACAAAAGAGGGUUGCAAGUGGCCAGAUGCUGCAUGCGCACAAUUCGGUAGUCAGUUUGUUGGUUUGAAGGCCAACUUCGAUGCAUUUGAUAGGCUUUCCAUUUAUGAUGGCUAUUUCGGAGCAGAUUAAUGUUCCACAAUCUAUUAUGCCUGUUAUGGAAUUCUGUUUUUUGGUGUCUUCCAUCCGGUGAUCUGAAGAACGGAACCCCCCAGCAACUGAAGGCAGGAACGUUAGGUCAAAAGCACUCCACAAUGGAUACACUAGGUCAGAUUGAUACCUACUGAGUUGCCGGAGGAAUAUGAGACUCCAAUGCAUCUCGGCAAGUGCAUGUGUCCGUCUGUCUUUCGCUUAACCAUGUUGGGUGGUCCCGAAAGGAACCGCAGAUUUAGGGACAUUGUAAAUUUCUCGUCGUAUGUGCAUAGGUUCUCCAAAAGAAUAUAUACCCCCCUGGGUGUAGCAUCGUUGACAGUUCUUUGAUAGAAUCAUAUGUGCUACAUUUGCUAAUAUGAUAUUGUUCUCAAAUAAAAUCAAUAAGAUGUACAAGUUACAAAA